CCCCUAACGACAGCGCCAUCUGUAGUGUAAUUUUCAAACUUGGAAGCACAUGGUUUGACAGCGUGUUUUUAUUAAUCACACAAUCUUGUUUUAAUUUUUAUAAUUGUGAAUAAUUGUUUAUAAAUAUGCCUAAAUCAAAGCGGGAUAAAAAAAUUUCUCUUACUAAAACAAAGAAAAAAGGUCUUGAAUUAAAACAACAUGUUAUUGAAGACAUAAGAUCAAGUGUAGAUAAAUAUGAACGUAUUUUUUUAUUUUCUGUGCAAAAUAUGCGCAAUAAUAAAUUAAAAGAAUUACGUGCAGAAUGGAAUGACAGUCGAUUUUUCUUUGGUAAAAAUAAAAUUAUGGCACUUGCUUUUGGUAAAUCAUCAGAAUUGGAAGUUUCUGAUGGUAUUCAUAAAUUGGCAAAUGCACUUAAUGGACAAUGUGGUUUAUUAUUUACAAAUAGACCGAAAAAAAAGGUAACAGAAUGGAUGAAUCAAUAUGGAGAAGAAGAUUAUGCUCGAUCGGGAUUUGUUACUGAGGAGACGAUUAUUUUACCGGAAGGUCCAAUGCCAGAAUUUCCACACAGUAUUGAGCCACAUUUGAGACAAUUAGGAAUGCCCACAUCUUUACAAAAAGGUGUUGUGACACUUGUCAAGGAAUUUGAAGUUUGUAAACAAGGACAAACUUUAACUCCAGAACAAGCAAGAAUUUUGAAAUUAUUAGGAAGAGCUUUAGCUACAUUUAAAUUAACACCACUUGGAGUUUUUUCAAAGAAACAUGGAUACAAGAAAUUAAAGACAGAGAACACUGAAAAGGAAAUGGAAGUUGAUGAAGUGGAGACGUGAUUUUUAUAGAAUUUUUUUUUUUAGUUAUAAAUAAAUUAAGUUGCAAUUUAA